AUGACUGACUGCGGCGACUUUGUAAACUCUGACGACGAGGAAGAUGUCGACGAUCUCGAGGAGAAUGCUGAACCUCUUUUACUAUACUUUCAGCAACCAUUCUACUAUCCAAUCUGUAUUGGAAACGUCCUGGCUCAGAGAUAUCGCAUAGAGCAUAAACUCGGCCACGGCGGCUUCUCUACCGUCUGGAUGGCCCAUGACAUCGUCACAAAGAAGGACGUCGCACUCAAGAUCACCAUUCUUGCCAGAGGCACGGCAGACCCUGAAAGCACUAUGCAUAACGAAAUUCGCCAGCGCGUCCGGGACACGUCUAAACUUCUCCUUUCUCGCGAAACCUUCUCGCUUCCUAGCCCCAAAGGUCGCCAUAGAGUCCUGGUGUUUCCCCUACGAGGCCCCAGUCUCCACUCCUGCUUCGCCAGUAUGUCUAUGGCCGAUCGAAUGUCCGCGGCGAAGCAGGUGCUACAAGCUUUGGAUUGCCUGCAUGACGCCAACAUCGUCCAUCGAGAUCUGAACGACAAAAACACCAUGUGCGGCAUUGUACCCCUAGACGCCUACGACAUCAAGAUGAAAUACCAGUACCUCGGCCGGCCUAAAAAGAUCCCCCUGCAAACUCCGGAUGGGAUGCAGGGAGAGCUUGUUAGGCCAGUGAUGGUCCCUCCCAGCUUACUCACUAAAUCAUUCUAUCUCGGCGAUUUUGGUCUAGCAAUGAACGCAGGCACUUCAGCAAACUACAAGCCACAGUCACCUAGUGCUUGGUGUGCCCCGGAACGGCUUCAUAACACAGACCCAAGUUCUGCUAGCGACAUGUGGAGCUACAUGUGUCUUUUCACAGAGCUCUAUCUCGGCACUCUCCCCUGGUCCAUCUACGGUGAUGUGCUGCCUGGUAUGGUCAAAGUCCUCGGCCCACUACCGCAAACUUGGUCCGGCUCUUAUCACCAACCCACUAGAAUUGACGCUUCAUGGUAUGAUCCGAAGAAGCAGCCUGAACACACCCUUGAAGCAAUGAUUGCACGCGCCCGCCCGAAUAUCAGUCCGACCGAGCGUGCUCACGUACUGUCCUUUAUGCGAAAGGGGUUCUCUUAUAAUCCUCAGCAUCGGAUGACCGCUGCGCAACUUUUGUGCAAUGUUUCAUUUCAAGCCGUCAUGAGAGUCUACAGUGCCUAA